UUGAUAUUUUGGAAAAUAAUUUUCCUUUUAUUUAAUUGUUUUUGUUGCAUAAAAUUUAUAAAUCUACCAGCUUAAAACUAAUCUGCUUGUUCUUGUUGAAAACCCAUCUUGGGGAUAAUCUAUAUCUUUAGGCGCACAGAUUUGUAAGUUGAACAGCGAGGGACUGCAACAAUCAUUGUCCUUCGAUGGAAAGGAGACUUCUUGAAACGGGGUAGAUUUGAGUGAUCUUUUGGUAGGCUUCACUUCCGCUGUUUUCAAGGAAAAAAUUAACUAGCCGCAGUUGAUGUAGCGACUCGGGAAGGUGAGGCACUGGAUGGUGUUUCCGAUUCGAGGAUUUUUAUGAUUUUCUGUGUUUCUCUUGGUGCUUGAGCCAUGGAGGUAAUCGCUGAAGAUGGGAAAGUUGAGUCUCGGGAAGUGAGGGAAUCGAAGGGGAAGAAGAAGAAGCAGAAGAACAACAAGGAACAGAUUGGAAACUUGGAAGAGGAGACUGGUUGUUGGAUUGCUUUGAGGAUUUUUGGUAGCUGCAUUUCUUCGAGAUCCAAAGUUGACAGUUCGAUUAGUGGGACUAGUAUCAACUAUGCUGAAAGCAAGUCUACGGCUGAUUCAAGUAGAGAUCAACCAACACCUCGAGAGAUAUCUUCAACAGCCACAAGUAUGAGUAAUGCAGAGAGUACUUCAUCCACUUCCAAACUAGAAGAGGAACUUAAAAUUUCGCCUCAUCUACGGAAUUUUUCAUUUAAUGAUCUUAAGUUGGCUACAAGGAACUUUAGACCCGAGAGUCUACUUGGUGAGGGUGGUUUUGGUUGUGUUUUCAAGGGUUGGGUUGAAGAAAAUGGAACUGCUCCAGUUAAACCUGGUACAGGACUCACUGUUGCUGUUAAAACGCUCAACCACGAUGGUCUUCAGGGUCAUAAAGAGUGGAUGGCUGAAGUGAACUUUCUUAGUGAUCUCAAACAUCCGAACUUAGUCAGACUUAUCGGUUACUGCAACGAAGAUGAUCAAAGACUGCUUGUAUAUGAGUUCAUGCCUAGAGGAAGCCUGGAGAAUCAUCUUUUCCGGAGAUCUCUACCUCUUCCGUGGUCUAUUAGGAUGAAAAUUGCUCUAGGGGCUGCCAAGGGCCUUGCUUUUCUUCAUGAGGAAGCACAAAGACCUGUGAUAUAUCGUGAUUUUAAAACGUCCAACAUUCUAUUAGAUGCCGAAUACAAUGCCAAGCUUUCUGAUUUUGGACUUGCAAAAGAUGGACCUGAUGGAGAUAAAACCCAUGUCUCUACUCGUGUGAUGGGAACGUAUGGCUAUGCAGCUCCAGAAUACGUAAUGACCGGACAUCUUACAUCGAGGAGUGAUGUUUACAGUUUUGGAGUGGUUCUUCUCGAAAUGUUAACUGGCAGAAGAUCCAUGGAUAAAAAUCGUCCUAAUGGUGAACAUAACCUUGUGGAAUGGGCACGGCCAUACCUAGGAGAGAAAAAGAGAUUCUAUCGUUUGAUAGACCCUAGGCUUGAAGGGCAUUUCUCAAUAAAAGGUGCCCAAAAGGCAGCACAAUUAGCUGUUCAAUGCCUUAGUCGAGAUCAAAAGAUCAGACCUCUAAUGAGUGAAGUUGUAGAAGCCUUGAAGCCCCUCCCAAACCUCAAGGACAUGGCAAGUUCAUCUUAUUAUUUUCAGACAAUGCAAGCUGACCGCAUACGAUUGAGCCCAAUGGCGAGAAAUGGCUACCAUGCCGGGGCUGGACCAGUUCCGAAGAACGGGCAGCAACUACGCAGUUAUUCAGUCGCCAAUGGUUCUCAUACUUCUCCAUAUCAUAAUCAGCAACCCCAUCCAUCUCCAAAACCCAAUGUCAAAGCCUAAGAAUUGGGUUGUUUGGUAAUUAAUUAGUAAUUAUCUAGUUGUGUUAACCCAUCUCAUUUUGUCAUCAAUAGAUCUCCCCCUUCUACCUCAGUAUAGAUAGAUGUUUAUUUUGCUAAACAGCAUUUGCUGGUGGAUCAUUGAAAAUGCUACAGACAGUGAUGUCUGCACUAUCAUCUUGUUAGAAUGGGAAACCUGUCAGUAAAGUGUACGAUAGCAGAUGAAUUUUGUUCAUCCAUUUUCAAUCUCAUAUUGUUUUGGGAAGAA